CCUUGUUUUGGUGCGAGCCAGGUCGGGAUUGGCCUAAACCAAGAAGAAAGAGAAAGAGAAGAGGGAGAGAGAGAGAGAAAAAAGAAAACUAAAACAUAAACGAAGAAAGGGAGAAAGAAGAAGAAGAAUGAGAACCCCUCCUCUCAUUUCUACCUUUUCUAUGGCCGCGCCUUCUCCGCGCCUCAUCCUCCUCGUCCUCCUCGUCGCCACCUCCCUGUUCGGAUCUUCCGACGGGUCGGCGGCGGCGGCGGCGGCGUCGUCGUUUUUUUGCCCUAGAUCGGACGUCGCUUUCCUCGGCGAGCUCAGAUCCCAAUGCCCUCUCCCGAUCGACCGUUCUUUGCCUCUUGAGGUGACUGGUGAUGCCCUCGACAGCGAGCUAAAUCAUGCCCAAAGAAGUUCCAUUUAUGCUGUUCUCUUCUAUGCCUCAUGGUGUCCAUUCUCGAGAGAUUUCCGACCCAUUUUCAAUGCUCUCAGUUUGAUGUUUCCACAGAUUAGGCACCUUGCUGUUGAAAAAUCUUCUGCCAUGCCAAGUGUACUUUCGAGAUAUGGGAUUCAUGGCUUUCCAGCUAUUCUGCUUGUAAAAGGGAAGGACAUGGUUCGAUACCGUGGCUCAAGGGAUAUUAGCUCUCUUGUGAAUUUCUACAAGGAAACCACAGGUCUUGAUCCGGUCGCUCAUAUUGCUGCUGAUGACCUGAACGAUUUGAGGAACAUCAUCUCACUGCAGCCACAAAAUCGGUCGCUCAGGGAAAUAGUAAUCGACGAACCAUUUGUAGCAUUCAGCAUACUUUUUAUCAAUCUCAAGAUGAUUAUUUGCUGCUUGCCUGUAUUACUCUGCCGCCUCCGAGCUUUCUGGGUCUCGCAUGUCCAGCCCCUGAACUUGGGAGUUAUCACUGGACUAAGUCUUCUCUUGGCCCGUGUGCUACAUGUAGUCGACCUUAAGAGGCUCUGGAGCAAGCUUGGGUUAUGUAACAAGACAAGGAACUUCAGAAAGGGUGCAAGCAAUGCUCGAGUCUGGGCUUCUUCUCUCACUUCCGUCUCGUUGGGCAAGUCUUCUUCCUCAAGAUUAGCCCCCUUAGACUCGUGAUUGUGGCUAACACGCAAGUUAUUCGAAGAAAAGUGGGUUAAGAUGGAGUAAGUGCUCGCGUGGUUUCCGAGGUCCAUUCGACCUCUCUGUUUUCCUCCGGUAUGCAUAUCUGUACGUGCCUCUUCUUUUUGGAGAUUGUGCACAUGGGAGAGGCAGCAUAGGCAUGUAAAGUUUUGAGGACCUCAUGUUUUGUGUCUUGUAUAUUAUGUAGGCUGAUGCUCUCUGCAUUGCUAAUGCAAUGUGUGAUCUUUGUUGAGCUUGAACUGGAGUAUAUUUCAAUGAUGAAAACCUGUUGGAACAUCUCCUGAGUAAGUUGUCGAAUUAUCACUUGCUUCUCGAGUAAGCAAAAGAGAUUGCAGAUUAA